AUCUGCCGAACUGUACGAGGGCUGUGCCCGCAGCUCCGUGCUGUGUGGAGUCACAGUAUAGCAAUCAAUGUGGGAACUGAGAGAGACCGAGGCACUGGCCGGAGCCACAGCAUGUAAACGGUUAAAGGCACUUGCCUACUGCCAGUGUGGGCUGCUGAUCAUUCUACGCAGCAUUAGCGAUGUGUGCUCAUAAACCCCGGCUUCUGUUGCGCUGGCACUAGAAGUAUUUUUUCUUUUGGGGGGGGGGGGGGGGGGGUCAGAAAAAUAUGGCAAAGGUGCAGGUGAACAAUGUGGUAGUGCUAGACAACCCGUCGCAUUUUUUCAAUCCUUUCCAAUUUGAAAUUACUUUCGAGUGCAUUGAGGAUUUACCUGAAGAUCUGGAAUGGAAAAUUAUAUAUGUAGGUUCUGCAGAAAGUGAAGAAUACGAUCAAGUUUUAGACUCUGUUCUAGUUGGUCCUGUUCCUGCAGGAAGACACAUGUUUGUCUUUCAGGCUGACGCUCCCAACCCAGGACUUAUUCCAGAUGCAGAUGCAGUGGGCGUUACUGUUGUUUUAAUCACUUGCACUUACCGUGGCCAGGAGUUCAUUCGCGUGGGCUACUACGUCAACAAUGAAUACACGGAACCUGAACUAAGGGAAAACCCCCCAGUAAAGCCUGAUUUUGCAAAGCUCCAGAGAAACAUACUAGCUUCAAAUCCUCGAGUUACAAGGUUCCACAUUAACUGGGAUGAUAACAGUGAGAAAGUGGAUGACUCCGAGAACACAAUUCCAAAUAUGCCUGCUGUACUUUCGUCAAACAAUUUAACUUCUGCUUCCAAGGGCCUAAUAGUCACUGGGAAUCCUUUAAAUCUUAUGUCAGAUUCACUUAUGAACUGUAUGUGACUUUAAUGGUAUUAUUUAUACAAAAGCAGUUUGUUAAACCUGUUCAGUUAUGAGGAUUAUAUAACCAUUUCCAAAGCUAAUGCAUAGUGUCAGAGAAAGCUUGUAAAAUCUAUAAAUAUAUUUUUUUAGUUCUAGAACUUGAGCAGUUUUUCAGUUGAUGUUAAAAACAGGUAUGUUGUGCUGUCCUUAACCCUGAUAUUCUUUUAGCAGUUUAGACAUUAGCUGCUCAGCAAAAGAUUACACUAUAACAUUAUCUAAAGAUAAUCCCAAGAGCAAGAUAAAAUUAGAUUGAAAUGUGGAGGGACAUAAUGCUGCUUUUUACAAAUUAUAGCCAUAAAUGUGAAGAAAAUUUAGGCCUGGGCAAAUGUAGAAGGAAUAUUUACCACCUGUGCCUUCUUUGUGUUAAUUUGCGUUGUCAGUCUGUACCUUGUUUACAAACAUGGUGUUGGUAUAUGUUGUUAAUGGUCAUCCAUUAUUUCAGCUAGUUCCAGAUCCAUAUCUAUUUGACAUAUUUUGUAACGAGUAUUAUAUCUUUGAUUUACUGUCUGUUGAAGUCAAUUUGGUUUUCUGGUACCAUUAACCGAGUGCCAAAUCAUAGAGUGGUGCUAAAUAGGAUAUUUGCCUGGGCCAAAAGAGACCUAUUAAAAUAUAAAACUAUAUAGGAGCCUAAAUUUAUAUUGUUUUACAGAGUUAUUAAGGGAUAGCAAUACAUGACUGAAAAAUUUUCCAAUCUUUUUAUUUGUUUUGACACACUAGAAUAGUGGGAUUAUGCCCUGCAUCAGGUAUGCCACAGUGCCCAUUGAUUUGCAUUUCAAUUGAGCCAUUACAUAAUGAAAUAUUCUGCUUCUUUAAAUAUUUGAAUUUGCUGUUAUUUAUUCUAGAAUCUGAUCGAGAUCUUAAUAGAAAGACAGAACAAAGCAGCAGGUGCAGGUAAUGUCUGUGCUCACUUGGGAAAAGAGUGAAAAAUGACAUCUCUUAAAGGAAAUGAUUUGCCAAAUCUGCACAUAAUACUAGAUGCUCCAAAUAGCAGGAGACAAAAAGCAUGAAAACACAAGUUGAAAUUACUUCUUUAACUAUUGUGUAAUAAUUAGCUUUUAUUCAAAGUCGUAUAAAGGUCUGAGCAGAAUUCCUGCAAUGUUUCCUCUAUAUUAGUACAUUCUUUAUCCAUUUAGUCAUUUGUCUUUACACCAUCCUGCUGUUGGUCUUGUCUAAUACUCUGAUUAUCUUGGCAACAUUGAUCGUAAAUACUGUUUCACAAGUAAACAGAUGGAAAAAGGUUUAAUCAAUAAAAUUAAUGUUUUAAUAAUAUUUUUUCAGUGAUUAAAAACUCAAAUUGAGUGAAGAGAACAGCCCAACAACAUUGUAGCCCAGAAUAAUUUAUAACCUGUGUUUUGGGGUAAAAUAUAUGUUUUCUCCUUCCAAAGUUUUCAAAGACUGGAGUUCUGCAUAAAAUUUGCCUAUCAUCUCAGAACCACAGGUUGUAAUAGAAAAAUAAGAAAGAUAUUGAGUAGUAUAAUGAAAUCACUGAAUCAAUGAAAAAAAUCAGUUUUGUCAACUCAACUGAUGAUAUCAGGCAAACUUCAGUUUUGAUUUAAUCAGUGUUGUUACAUUUUUAGUCACUGGAAUUUUAAAAGUUGAGCUAACACUACAAACAUUGCCAUCAUGAAGAAAAGACAUGAAUGGGCAGGAGCAUCACCCCGUUUGAGAAUGUAUUGUUUUGAUUUGUUUUCUGUAAUAAAAAUGUUAAAUACCUGA